CGAAUGGAGGCGAACAAGUAAAUUUUGAAAAAACGUUUGCAUUUCACCUGAUACCAAUCACAAAUUUCAAAAUAAAAUGCAACCGUCACAACAAGCUGUUUAUUCAAUUUGUAAAUGUUAAAAGUGCUCCGUUUUUAAGCCACAAAGUCAGCUGGGCUGCAAUCGAGUGGUUCGCCUUGUGCUAAUUAGUUUGUUUUGUUUGCUUAUCGCUUUGAUUUCUCGCAGUUUUCCCUGCGAAAAAUAUCUGAGAAAAACAAACCUCCCAACAACAAAUCUAUUUAUAUACGUUUGUGACCGUAUGUAUACGCAUUGCGCCAAUAUCAGCUGGUUGCCAAACAGAAUUGUUGAGUUUUGUGCGAUAACAUUUUUGCCAAUGCAAACAAACAAAACGAGGGUUGGCUAAAUGCAAGGGCAACGCUGGCGUAACUACAACAACUCAUUUCAAAAGGUGAAUUCAGUGUUAUGAUUUUUUUCUCUUUUUAACCUAUACUGCGUACAAUGCUGGUAUGAGUGAAUAAGCAAGAGCUUUCAUAGCUGGUAUUUUGACGUUUGCGCCUAGACGCGAAGACCGCAUCAAAGCAUAUUCGGCAAAGCAAAUCAGGCGUACAAAAAAAAAAAGACAGAAGUAACGACAAGAAAACGUUGAAAGCGAGAAUAAAAUAAAAUUGCAAUCAAAAUAAAAACUUUUGUGCCGCACAAAUUAAAACUCAAUAGACAAUAGUGGCUAUUUUGCGGCUAGCCAAAUUGCAAUUUGAAGUGUGAGAAAAGUGAGUUACUUUAGGUCGAUGUAUAUGCGAAUACCGAAAACAGCUAUUACGACUUGGAAGCGAUUUACAAAUCUAGUGAAUACGCUUUGGAAAAGAUUGUAUCUACCUGCCUCACCGUUUUUAGCGCUCACCUAUCCAAUAUCGCCGAAGCUAGUAUCAGAGAUGCCCAGGACACGUAGACGUCAUCACUCCCACGAUCGUUCAUCCGGAGGCCAUAGAGAUAAGCGUAGGCGUGUCGAUUCGGAAGAAGCAUCGCCUUUGCAAACGGAUGCCUCUUCUCCACCACGCACCAGAUAUACACGUUCGGAUGCCAAGAAGCGUCAUCACGAAUCGGAUGUUAGUUCGCGUGUUUCAAAGGACUCAUCUAUGUGUGUAGGCUUGGAAAACGGGUUUGAGUCCACUAUUAAGCGCAUUCUUCAGUUUUGAUGUUUCUAGUUGAUCAUACUAAUAGCUGUCCAACCGAUAACAUACAUUUUGCCUAAAGUUUUUUUGUUGGUACAUUUUAAACGCAAAAUACUUCGAUUGUAAAUAUAUACUUAACAAAUCAAACGUACAGUAAAGAAAUUUUGUUUUUGAUACUUUCUUCUCCAAACUGAAGGAAGAACCUAAGUUUUAGCAAAGUAAAAACUAGCGGACGCGCUUUAAAAUGUUGCUUUCUAUAAUUAGUCUGAUAUAAUUCUCUCGGCGGUCGCAGAAGUCAAGCAGGUAGGAGAGCAUUAGGGAAGGUUGAGUGCAAUAUAUACCCAGACCAAUUUCAAAAAUUAUAAAUGAAAGGUUUCUUUUUUAUGUAAGGUCGCCGCGCCUCGGCACAGAAAUUCAAGACCGCAACUACGCAGUGUUUAUUUUUGUGAUGCAAUAAAAAGCGCUUUAUAAAAAUCAAAAAGUCAUUCAGAAGCACACUAAAACUAUAAGGCGGCACCGCAUUUUGUUGGCAAGGCGCACACCAAAUCUGUUUGGAAAUAGACUAGACCGAAAAUACUUUCAGUUGUUAUACUUAUAUAUGUAAAUAAAUAAUUCCCUUAGAAUGCGAAUGCAUAUUUGCAUCAUUAUUUAUGUAUCUGCUUUAAUUUAGCAAACACUUGCGCGUUAAUAUCUUAUCAACGUGUCAUAUCUAUCAUAAAGGCUAUUAAUACAUAAAGCCCACCGAAAACGUUGCAUACCUUUAGGCGCUCAAAAAAUUUUCAUACGUUUCUACUUAAAUGCAUUUUUAAUACAACUUUUUUUUCGAGAUACUUGUUUUGCUCUUAUCGUUUACUAAUUAUAAGUCCACCUACAAUAAUCUGUACACUUCAAUAAGUCAUUAAUGGUUUUUUUUUUAUCCAAUUCUUUUGUAAAAAAUGAUUGAAAAAAAAAAAUAAUAUAUCGCACUCUCACAACAAAUAAAAAUGCCGUUCGAAGUCAUUAACCGAAAUUUGUAGGCAAAUAAAUAAGAGAAAUAUGUAACGAUGGACAUACAAACUGGGAUGACAACAUGUUUAAAAUCUCAUAUGUAUGUAUGUAUGUACACUUCCUUGUUGACCAUUUGUGGCUUAAAGCAGCUGUUCGUACACCAGCAGUCAAAAUGGAAAACUUGAGCGAUUAUUCAUUUAUUGUGGAGUGCAAGUGGGCGGACACUUUUUCGGAAAGAUUUCUUGCAGAUGCAUAUGCGAUUUAAGACGAUUUUAAGAAAUAACUGUAAAUGAAAUCGCUGUAAUUUGUUUAGAGUGACUCAUGCAAGGAAAUCAUGAAAAUAUGAAAAUUGAUUGUUACGCUUUUGUUAUUGAAGUUGCAGCGAUGCAUUAAUAUUAUUUUAGCUUUUACCUAAUGAAAAUAACAGGGCAAAGCUAACGAAUGUGCCGCGCACGUGCACAUAGGUACUUAUUGGGCGCCAGUUAAUUUUUUUAUAUUUUUUUUUGCAUUAAAAUUUUAUAUGCAUAUCUCGUCCAAUAUAAAUUGUAAUCUUGUGUUGCAUGAAUUUCAAUAUUAAUUGCUUCAUCAUGCAAUUACUAAGCUCAGUUCAUUAGCCAUUAUUAGCUUCUUGUUAUAUUUAUGCAUUUAUUUAUUAGCUAGUUCAUGUUUAUAGAAAUGCUCACAUUUACUUUAGCAGCAUACAUCUGAAUAUCUUUAUUAUAUUGUAUUUUAUAUGAUGUUUUUCUGCAUUUGCCUUUUUUGGACACUCAUUUGCAAGUGAUUGAACGACGGCAUAUUGUGUAAACACAUGCAAAUUGUCAGUGAAACAUGACUGCUCUGCGCAGCGGCGACGGUCCGGUCUUCCAAUGAAUUUAUUGUUUUGCCAAUUAUUGUAGAUACGUACAUUUGCAUAGUAAAUAUAUACUCUUUAUAUAUGUAUGCAACAUUGCAGUUUAUCUCGAUUAUGUUGCUUCUUUUUCCUGAAAGUUUUCGGAUUUGAUUUUCACUUUUUUAAUUAUUUUUGUUUUUUUUAUAUUUUUUGUGCAUUGUUUUACUUUAUAAUUUGCAAUUGUCGAUUGUCGUGCGCUGCUGUCACAUUGUAUGGUAUAACAACAUAAAUAACUGUUCUCUUUGUUUGUGAUUUAUAAAGGUGACCGUCGUCGUCCUCAUGCCAACUUCUUUUGAUGCGCAUUUAUUGCAAGUGUUUAUUUAUUGUAUUUUUUUAUUUACAUUCGUUCAUCAUUUUCUCCAAUUUUAUAUUGACAUUACGAGACUAAUAAGGAAAUAUAAUGAAUGUCCACUUUCCGCUUGGUUAGCAGCAUGCCGCGUUUAAUUUAUAAAUCCUGAUCGGCUGUAUACCGUUUAGUUUCUGCUGAAAUUAAUCACAGCUUAAAACAGCAACGACGACGCCCACACGCCUGAGUGAAUUUUAAUUUGUAAAAGUCGAAGUGUGCUGUGAUUAAGAUCGCCAGCAAACAAAGAGAUGAAAGGAAUCCUUUUACAAUUUUUAUUUCAGUGUUGGAUAUUUACUGAAUCAUAUGAAUUUUACAAUUGUAGGAGUGUUUAUGGGAAAUUGUGAUUAUGCGUGACUUGAGUUGAGUGCACUUCCGGCAGCUUGGAAAGUCGUUUAGGGGUGGGGGGAGGGUAAACGAAUGCAUUAAAUUCCACUAAUGCGUAAAUCGUGGUAUUGAAGACUCACAUGUGGGGUUUUAAGAAUUUUUAUAUUGAAAGCAUUUAGAAUUUCUGAUUCCAUUUAUUUGGCAGUUGGAACUUUUUUCACUAACUCGGCCGAUUAUAAAAGCGCCCAUUAUAUUUAUAAUUCUGGCUGAAUGGCGAAUUGAACUAAAAAGAGUCCAAGCUUUUUUCCUUCUCCGUUUUCGGAUUUAAUUAGAAACUCAUUGUUGUUGUAGCGGUUCGCUAACCACCCCUAGGAGCCGUAUAUUAAUCUAAUCACUCGUUGGUCAUUUAACGGGAGGUGCAGGAAAAUAGCUGUGUCGAUGAGUUCGGAACAGAAGAAACGUGAGGUUAGAUGUGUUGGCAUUAGGGGGGCAUCCCAAGAAGUAGUUAGUAUGUUGCUUGAACUACGCAGAACUAACGUCGGGUAUGUCGACGUGUGCAUUUCACUUGACUAGACGACAAUAUCGAACAAUCAUCGGCAUAUGAGAUCAGUGAAACUCCUUCCUUUUUUAAUCUUUCUGAGUUUGGAUAUUUGAACUCGGAAUUCUACCGAUAAUUGCCGACUACUCAAUGUCCGAUAGCAGCACUGAAUGAUUGGCAAUGUCAAAAGCUUUUGACAGAUCCAGUGCUACCAGUACAGUUCGCACUCAGGGCCGGUUUUGGUUGAGGACAUUGUUGCUUUCUGUUGUAGCAUCAGCAUGCUUAUUCCGUCGGUCUCGAUGGAUUUGAAGGCUUUCGCCUGCGCAAUGAACACGUCGUCUUUGUUAGAAUAUUUGAAUAACUCGCUUCUAAUAGAAAAGAACAUAGGGACAGAAAUGAAGAAACAUGUUCAUGUUUGAGAAUUAUUCCGCAGGUUGAGGGUCUCCACUGUCAAUUAAGAUCCAAAAUGUAUAUUCUAAUGUGUGAUUUUCAUAUUUCAUGGUAUUUUUUACCAUGGAGGAAAAUUUAAGGACGCGUUUCGACAAAAUAAUAUAUAUAUAAAAAUGUUCCAUGCCUUUGAAGUAUUUCUAGUUUAAACCUCUAUCUGCCCUUUCAUGUGCCACAACACUUUAGACUCGCUUCAUAGAGACUGCGUUCGAAUUAUUAGUCUGCAGAUCUGUUCUUAAGAAGAUUUUCUAGCUUUUCAAGGUGUUAGCAUACUUAGAAAAAAUUUUUUUGUGGAAGAAAUGGAUUUGGUCCACUAACCUUAUUUCUAGUAUUGCACAACAUUGUGGUAUUAUAACGUAACGUUGUCAAUAAUGAAUUCUCCGAUUCAUAUAUGAAAUCAAAACAUUUCUUUUAAUUUUCGCUAUUAUUAUUAUUUUUUUUUAAUAAAAAUCAUGUUUCUCGUAGGUUUCUCCAAGACUAUUUGUCACCUCAAGCCGUUAGUGUGUCAUUUACGCCAAAUUUCACAAGGUUAAUGUCACCGCAGUGUGUGCAAAGUUACAACACCACGCUAUUGUUUUUUCUUCCCCUUCUUCUUAAUGCCACUUGUCUUCGACGCUACAUCUCCGUUGUUGGCUAAGAAAAAAAUUAAACUCAGUGUCUCACAUUUCGCGUCUCCACUAUUCAAAAAUUCAAUAUCUUAACAUUAAUUUUGAAUUUCAAUUGAAUUUGAAAUAAUUUAUACAUUGUUUGUUGUGCGUGCUAUUGUCUGUCGUACGCUGGUUGGUGGCACAGGUACUGUACAUACUGUGUGGGCUGCAGCACACCGAAUUAUUUAUUUUUGAGUAGUAAGCAAGGUCAGUUGCAAAAAGAAAACACAAACAUUAGACCCUCAACUUCAUUGCUACCAAUAUCAGUUUAGCUAUCUAUGCCAUGACACACCGCACCGCACAGCACAACACGGCACGGCACGGUGCUGCUUGACUUAACUUUUGUUGCAAUUGAAAUUUUAACCUUUUGACAAACCACCUACUAGAAACAAUGAUUAUUAGCGUAUUUUUAAAUGAAUUUUUCCAUGUAUGAACAAAUCGGAACUGCCUCGAAACAUAGCAGUACCACUACCGAUGUUGUGUUGUCGCAGGGACAGUGGCAGCAGCGCAACAGAAGCGUGACAUUGCAAUAUUUCUGUCAUUGUUUUGUCGUUCCUUGCCGACUUGAAGCUUAGUUUGCCACUUCACUUAGCUUUUUCUUUAGACAUUUCGAAAAUAUUUGUUCUGUUGACGUUUUAACCACCUGUUGUUGUUUUUGUCUUGCGCAAUUUAAGCGCUACUCGCCCACUUGUCACUGUAACAAAGUAAUCAGUCGGUUCGGCUUGAGUGAUAUUUUAAUAUUGGCGCAAUAUCUGUCAAUUAUUGGUUGGCCGAUUGCUUGAUUGGUUAUCAUAAAUACACAAAUAAAAUAAUAUAAAAUAAAAUGAAAUGAAAUGAAA